GACACCAAUCGUUAGCUGACGCCAUUGUAUGUAACCUAUGAAGCUAGCUAGUUCCUAGCUAGAGUAUCGGGUUAUCAACGUCAGUUAAAAUGCAGUCCGUGUUCACAUCUACUGACAUUAUAUGAUUAUUUAAAGUUAUCCGGAUUCCUGUAAUUCUAUCGAUAUUGACCUAGCAGCAUUUGAUUUUAACCUAAAACUCGUUAGCUUUCUUCUAGACCCUAUCUAGCUACGUCGUUAAUCGUGCAGAAUGAAUUCCAACACGAAUGUUGUUCAAGUGACUAAUGUCUCUCCGAGCACCACUUCGGAGCAGAUGAGAACUCUUUUUGGAUUCCUGGGAAAUAUUGAAGAUCUUAAAUUAUUUCCACCGGAUGAAUCUCCAUUGCCUGUGACUUCACGUGUGUGUUUUGUAAAGUUCCACGAGUCUGAGUCGGUUGGAGUAUCCCAGCAUUUGACAAACACCGUAUUCGUGGACAGAGCCCUGAUUGUUGUCCCAUUUGCAGAAGUUCUUUUUCCUGGUUCAGCCAGUCCUAAAUACCAGGCCCUGCUGAAAAUACCCUUCAACAGUUUUGUCUUCUGCAGCUUAUCCUGUUUCUGAAGUGUCUUUUCUGUUUGUGGUGUGUGUGAUGUGGGCUGGGAAGGGUAUAUGCUGCACUGUAAAGAUGAAAAGUAUAACAUUUUUCAUUGGCCAUUUCGCAUUUAACAUACAUGAAUCAUCCCAUAAGAUUUGAUGUCAGUAUUGGGCAUGUAGUCCACCAUUUUAUCAGGGCUUUUGCUGGCGAUAGCUUUUGUUAGGUGCCUAUGAUUUCCACAAUGUGGAAAACACUGACGAAAUUGCAGACAUAUUCAAAUAAAAACGGCAACUAUCGGAAAUUAGAUUUUAGUAAGAGGAUAUUGGAUAUAUUUGUCAUCAAUUAUUUGAUUUUAUCAAAAGUUAAAAUAUCGGUGUAAAACGUUGUCACCAUGAAUCCCACACUGUGAAGCAGUAUGGAAACUUGCAUGAGUUUUUCGUUCGAUGAAGCAGAGCCUAAGAUAGUCACUUGAAAGUUCAAACCCUCCCAGAGAACUACAAAAAAUCUGUCAAAUAACCGGUUUUUACUUAUGAUCUCGUCACGCCACCAUUUGUUGGGUUGAAAGAAAUAAGAAAGUUUGAAUCUAGCCAGCAAAAGCCCAGUAAAGGAAAUCUGGUUCUUCCUCGUCUAUUCUAGUGAAUGGUAAGUGAUCACAGAUGAGCAAUGAGUGAUGAACUGUACCCUGCUGUCUCCUCCCCAAAUCAUGAACUUCUGUUUUUUUGUAUCUUGAUGUUUUUGUGUGCUUUAUAGCGCAGCAGCCGGCGCGAGUCGCUUGUUCAUAAAACAUCUAAUGAAACGUGAGAGCACAUCCCACUGGACAACUGGCUGUGCUUGCUUACGUUUGGUUCAUGACUUAAAAAACAAGUACAGGUGAUACCAUCUUGGCAGUGUUGACCACAGUGUGUAUUGUGACUUUAACAAAAAACAACAAUCAUAGUAUUGCAAUGAUAGCUAUGUAAAACAGUGUGGUAUCAGCAUUUCAGACAAAACAUGGAAUGUAUUUUUUUUGCUACGUAUCUUUUGGGGUAGUUAGACAGAGGGCGGCUUGUCUGGUUUUUGUGAGUGUGGCGGGUUGUUCUCUGAGGUGUUCACUGAUCCCGGCUUGUUUCUCUCCAGGAGUAAUUCCUGACGAGUCUAAAGCCCUGUCGCUGCUGGCCCCAGCCAAUGCCGUGGCAGGAAUCUUGCCUGGGGGAGGCCUUCUCCCAACACCAAACCCUUUGAUGGGAGGCUCAGCUUUUGGUGGUUUAGGAGGCCCGAACAUGGAAUGCAUGUCUGCUAUGGGAAUGGCCGGAGCCAACAUGAACCCCCAGGCCCUCUCUGCUGAUUUCCUCAAGCUAAUGCAAUCAAUGGAUCCUAAGUUGAAUCCGAUGGCUGCCGGGCUAAACCUCAACUCUGGUAUGAAGACUGACGCCUCCAACAAGGAGAUCGAGGAAGCCAUGAAGAGGGUCAGAGAAGCCCAGUCUCUCAUAUCUGCAGCCAUUGAGCCAGGAAAUAAGAAUGACAAGCGCAAACACUCUCGCUCCCCGUCGAGGUCAAGGCGGAGGAGAUCCGGUUCUCGGUCGAGACACAGGCGAUCGAAGAGCAGAUCUCGACGCAGGUCCCAGUCCAAGAAUAGGAGGCGUUCCAGGAGUCCACGGAGGAGGAGGUCCCACUCCAGAGACAGGAGCCGACGCAGCAAGUCCAGGGAUAGGAGGAAGGAGGAGAAAUUGAAGAAGCGCUCCAAGACGCCCCCCAAAAGCUACAGCAGUGCCAGGAGGUCUCGAAGCAUCAGCCGGAGACGUCGAAGAAGCCGCAGUGCAUCCAGGUCACCAAAGAAGUCCAGGUCUCCAAAGAGGAAGCUGUCGAAAUCCCCUUCCCCUAGAAGGCACAAGAAGGACAAAAAGAAGGAUAAAGAGCGAGAAAAGGAACGGGGCCGCGAGCGUAAGGACCGGGAUCAGGGUAGAGACGAAAGGGAACGCUCCACCAGUAAGAAGAAGAAAAACAAAGACAAGGAUCGCAAAUCAGACGGCGAGAAAGGAGACGUUAAGGUUUGGAACAAAUCAAGUGUUCCCAGUAAACCAAUAAAACAGGUGACCAGGGACUACGAUGAGGAGGAGCAAGGUUACGACAGCGGAAAGGAGGGAGAGGUGGAAAAUGAGGAGGAGACCAAGAGCGAUUCGGACUCCUCCCCCAAGCCUCAGGAUGUCUCCACGGAGACGCCAGAGGGACAGGUCCUCAAAAAGUCCAAACUGAACGGGGAUGACCAUCAUCAGGAAGACAUGGAGAUGAGUGACUGAUGACUCGCUCUGUUGAUGACAUGACUCAGAACAGCCAUCGUUACGCGUACCAUACUGUUCUUUUAUACAGGGCCACAAGAUUUAUGUGCCUGCUGUCUAAAACCAUAUUUAGUUAUGUGUAGUCUUAAAUGGGAAGUUUGUACAGUUUUUUUGCAUUUUACUGAGAUCCCACCAUCUCACCCAACUGGAAAAAAAUGUUUGGUUUAGCUUCACCCGUUUGUUUAUCUUACAUAGAGCAACCAAUAUGCAUGUGUCCCAAAUACCUUUAGUAAAGAAUGGUUAACGAGUGUGUCACGUCAGGCAACGUUCUAAGAUUUCACACUGCUGUACUUAAGUUCCAAGGGCCUUCAAAAAAAAAAAAAAAAAAAAAAAUUGAUUUCCUUUUCUCUUUUCUCCUUUUUUAAUCUUGAAAGUAGUUUUUCAUGAAUUCAUGAAAUUGAAUGAAUUAUAUAUUGAAAUAUUUCACUGGACAUAAGUCUCAAACACAGCAUAUUCAGUUGUGCAGAGCAGGUUUUCAUCUGGAUUCCUAAUAAAUAAUCUUUGAA